UCUGCUUUAAAUUGAUCAGUGGAAAUCAAUUGUUUUGCAUUGGCACGAAUUAUCGGGUAAUUUCUUAAAUUUCGGCGAUAUUUAAAACUAACGGCUCAAAAACUAACUGUCAAAAUAAGCAAUUCAGAAGACACGAGCAUGCCGCCCAAGUGUAAAUUUCAAGAAGGGGAGAAGGUUCUGUGCUUCCAUGGGCCAUUAAUAUAUGAAGCAAAAUGUCUAAAGUCCUCCAUUACUAAAGAAAAGCAAAUUAAAUAUUUCAUUCAUUAUGCAGGCUGGAAUAAGAAUUGGGACGAGUGGGUUCCUGAAAGUCGAGUACUUAAAUACAACGAAGCAAAUGUACAAAGGCAAAGAGAGGUUCAAAGAGCACAUUCGAAUCAACAAUCUGCCCAGAAAAAUAAAAAGGGUAGUACCUCAUCCAAAACUCAAGGACGCAGGAGUGAAGGUGGUCGUGAGAAGGAUACCGAUAGUAGAGCUAGCACUCCUGUUGCAACAGUUGAUAAAGGUGUCAGUCGGUUCAGUAAAAGUACUGGAAGUAGCGUUACACCAUCGUCGUCGCAUGAUUCCACGUCGGAUGCACCACGCAAGAAGCGCAGCCGAUUAGAACCAUCUGGUGAAACGGAAGAAUAUCUCACUAAAGUGGAAGUUAAAGUUAAGAUACCAGAGGAAUUAAAGUUCGUACUUAUAGAUGAAUCAGAAGUAAUAUUGAAAUAUCAUAAACUACCUGCUUUACCUGUGAAAAAUACAGUCGACAAAAUUUUAGAUGACUAUGUAGAUUCAAAGUCGAUAGGAAAAAAUGAUUCUGUUAGGGAAAGUACAUUAGAAAUAACUAAAGGUAUUCGCGAAUAUUUCAAUAUUUCUCUAGGAUUACAAUUGUUAUAUAAGUGGGAACGUCCACAAUUUAUACAAAUUAUGAAUGAUAAUCCCGAAACACUGCCCAGUCAACUAUACGGUGCAUUUCAUUUACUAAGGCUAUUUGUGAGACUUGGAGGAAUGUUGUCUUACACUACAUUGGAUGAAAGAAGCAUACAAUUGUUACUGUCUCACUUUCAUGAUUUUUUACAAUACUUACAGAAAAAUAAUACUGAACUUUUUAAUCUUCAACAAGACUAUGCAGACUCACCACCCGAUUAUCACAGGAAAUAUGCCUAAGUUAGUAUAAAUGUUUGGAUACUUUUAAUUAAAUCCAGCAAUAUUACAAUAUUUUAUCUGAGAUUAUUAAUAAGGCAGCUGCAAUAUUUCUUCAAGAAAUAUAUAUAUGUACAUUUACGCGUUAUUAGAAAUUAUUCAAUAUAGAAGAUAGAAUAAUAUAAGAAAAAUCCCAAGAAUUGUAAAAAUUGUGUCGAAGUUUUCUCGAAAACUUUCCGCUGUGUGAAUAUAGCAUUUUAGUUUAAGUGCACAAAAAAUGUAACACAUUUUAUAGUAUAUGAAUUAGUUUAGGUUAAAAUAUUAAUAUGAUUAAUAUGAAUAUAUAUAUGUAUAUAUACAUGUAUAUACAUAUGUGUAUAUAUAUAUAUAUAUAUAUCUUUUAUUUAUUGUAAAUAUAAUGUAUUACGAUUUUACUAUCUAAUUACAAUUUUAUACAUAUUUGGAAAUACUCAAUUCACGAGCGUAGCUCGUGUUUGAUUAAUACCAUUCUGAAUGCACGUUUUAUCUUUUCUUGCUUUUUUAACAGUUUUCAGUUAAAAUUAUUUUAAAUUACCGAGAUUACAAAAUUACGUUAUGUAUAUUUAUUAUGAAUUAAAUAUACAUAUCAGAA